UAUAUCUUAUCUCCAUAUUUCAAGACAAUACUUAAAGAGGGAAACUCAAAACUGAAAAGUUAGUUAGUUCUUACUUUGAAAGCAAGAAUGUUGAUAAGUAUAAUUAUUACUUGCAUUUUCUUUUGCCAAGUGCAGAGUUUGACGAAAAUUCAAUCUGUGAUACCUAGGAUUCAUCCUCCGCACAAGAAUGUACGUGGAAGGAUCAUAGGGGGUGAUGAAGCUACUCCACACGCCUAUCCGUAUCAAGUUGGCCUAUCGAUAAAUGAAGGAAUGUCUCUUUGUGGUGGAAGUUUAAUUUCUAGCAAUUAUGUGCUAACUGCAGCCCAUUGUGCUAUUGUAAUAUCCACAGUGGAGGUUAUUUUGGGAGCCCACAACGUAACAGAAAAUGAAACCACACAAAUAAGACUUCAAGGAAAAGAAAUAAAAAUUCAUGACCAAUACGACGCUCGACUUCAUCGGAAUGAUAUAGCCUUGAUUAAACUGAACUUUUCUGUUCCUUUAACUUUUGCAAUUCAACCAGUAAAGAUACCGUCUGCAUCGCAAGCUGAGAAAACAUAUGACGAUCUGUUUUCUGUAGCUACUGGUUGGGGUUUAGUUGAAGACAAAUCUUUACCGACUAUCAAUGACAUGUCAGACACCUUACAAGUAUUGUCAGUGCCAAUAAUGAAUGUUGAUAUUUGUGGAGAAUAUUACAACGACGAUGAAGCUACAUAUAUAACGACAUCUAAUCUUUGCACUUCAGGAUACAAGAACAAAGGGACAUGUAAGGGAGAUUCUGGUGGACCUCUAGUGUACGAUGGAACUCUGAUUGGGAUUUCUUCCAUAGGCUCAACACGGUGCGAAGAGUGUUACCCUUCAAUAUAUACCAGAGUCGGUGCUUAUCUCGAUUGGAUCAAGAAUAAUUCAGAUGUAAUAAUCGAAUUUUGAAUAAAUAGAUUGAUUAUUGUCACAUAGAAAA